AUGCUGAUCUUCAAGGACGUAUUCACCGAUGAUGAGCUGUCAUCUGACUCGUUCCCGAUGAAACUUGUGGAUGACCUUGUUUACGAGUUCAAAGGAAGGCAUGUCAUUCGCAAGGAGGGAGAAAUUAUGUUGCCGGGAGCGAAUCCAUCUGCUGAAGGAGAGGAAUGUGAAGAAGGGACGGAAGAGCAUGUCGAGCGUGGGAUUGACAUUGUCCUAAAUCACAAACUCGUAGAGAUGAACUGCUACGAAGACCAAGCUACGUUCAAGUCCUACGUUAAGUCGUUCAUGAAGAAGGUUGUCGAAUAUAUGGAAAAGAACGGCAAAUCAAAAGAAGAGGUGGAUACCUUUAAGAAGAAGAUCCAAGCUUGGGUAGUAUCUCUACUGGAUAAGAAGCGGUGGAAAACACUCCAGUUCUUUAUCGGUGAACGCAUGGCUGACGGUGCCGGUGACGGAGGCGAUCACUUCCGAAAAGAUCUAAACCGGGUGCCUACCUCGAUGCAAGUGGUUACACCAAGGACCCAUCGUUUUCUCGUUGAUCGAUACUAA